UGCGCGUCUCACACGCACACACACGGUGGGGAGAAGUUUCUUUGCGGGGGGAAGGUGUGGGGGGCCACUUCGCGCUUGGACUUAAUUCCCUCUAUCGCUCGUCACAUGAUCGACUUGACGAGCGCCAGGACAAGGACGCGGAACGGGCACAGGUGGUCCGGGGAGCGGCAUGGUUUCGUUGUGAGGUGUUGGGGAAUCGGGGGGUCCGUCCGGCCGCCAUGUUGCAGCCGCAGCAACUCGGAGGCGUCAAGAAGUGUUUCUCCAUCGAGGCUUUGGUUGGGAAACAGCAACAGCAGCAGCAGCGGCAGCGGCCCGCCUGCUUCCAAACCGUCCGGGCUGCCUUCGAGGAGCCCAUCCGGCCAACCGCGCUCCGCUUCCCGGAGGCCCUGCACCCACUCCACGUAGGUUCCCCCGUCCGGACUUCGUACCCGUCCGCCGGACACAAUUUAGGACUGCACGUAUUCGGCCGACAUCAUCCCGGACUCGGGGUGAGCCUGUUGUACCCACCCGCAGCCGCCGCUGGCCCCCCCGCCUCGUGGAUCCUCCACAACCACCACAGAUACAUGCACACGCAGGCAGUGGCCCACUUCCUGGUUGUGACCUCCCGUAUGGUGCGUUCAGGUGACGACGGCGGUGCGGAGAACCUUCUGCUCCAUGGCGCUUUCUCCCGGAAACCCAAACGGAUCCGCACAGCGUUUUCUCCCUCGCAGCUUCUGCGUCUGGAGCAAGCAUUUGACAAAAACCACUACGUCGUCGGCGCGGAGAGGAAACAGCUGGCCUCAUCUCUCUGCCUUACGGAGACACAGGUGAAAGUGUGGUUCCAGAACCGCAGAACCAAACAUAAGCGUCAGAAGUUGGAGGAGGAAGCCCCCGAGGCGGAACACAAGCGUUCCAAAGCCAGCCAGCACGUCAGCAGAUGGCGAGCCGCCACGCAGCAGAACCCUGCCGAAUGCGUCGGCGACAUCGACGACCACUGAGCUAACACGACUAACGGUGGCGUGGAAAUGCUGCGCGGACGCCUAACGUUUGCCAUCCAUUCGGACUGAGAUGAAGGAGAAGGAACAUUCUUGGUUUACAAGUGUGCCAACAAACACACAAAAAAAGGCUCUCCAGUGCGAGCUACCGUUAGCCUCCUAGCAUGACGCGGUGCGUCAAUAAUCACCAUGAGCACAACCCCCUGCGGAAACUUGCGUUCUCUCUUGUGAUGCGAGGUCACUUGCUACCUAGCUGCCAUGCCGUUGGCUGAAGAACUUGCUGCGGGGGGCGGGGUUAUGUAUGAGCCAAACUGCAGCGUCACAAUCUCACCAAAGUGAGGACACCUCACCUAAAGGCGUGUUUUAAUGAAUUGUCGCCCACCUCCAGAUUAACUAGCUUGUUUCAUUCCAGGCACUCCAAGAACGCAAGAAACUAUUUUCAUGCAAAAUAUUAACAAGUCACUUUUACAUCAUGUAUCUCCUUCAAAAA